AUGUAUACAAACGAAAAUAAAAUCCCAGAAGAUAUAGGAGUAAUGAUCAAUGAUGAUGAUGAUGAUGAUGACUCCAUGCUGAGUCAAAAGCAACCUCCUACAAAUGGAUUCAACUUUAUGAAGCUCCCACAAUUACCAUUGAAUCAAAUUGGAUAUCCUCAGGCUCAGGCAUGGAUCCAGCAUCGAAAAGCAACUCUCAGGCCGUGGAGUCUCUUUGUGAAUACCAAUAACUUCCGCGCUCCUCCAAGUGUCAGUAGAUUUAGCAAGCGAGUUAUGAAAAAUAUUGAGUACUUCCAAAGUAAUUAUUUCUUCGUCUUCAUUGGACUAGUAGUAUACUGUUUAAUUACGUCUCCAUUGUUAUUACUCGCUGUGGUAGCUUCUCUGGGCACUUGUUACAAAGUAUCCCAAAGACACGCAAGACAAGAGCUUAUGGUUUUAAAUCAUAAAUUAACUUUAGCUCAAGUUUAUAUGCUAGUUGGUAUUUGUUCAUUGCCGCUAUUCUACCUGGUAGGAGCUGGUGCCAUUCUCUUUUGGGUUCUCGGUGUUUCUUGCUGUUUAAUAACACUACACGCGGCUUUGUACAACAUUGACUCAGUUUUGUGCCCCGGAGAAGACGAGCUAAAUUCUCUGACGGAGGUUGUAAAUAAUAGAGCAAGUCAAAGUACCUCGCCCAGCAUAUAUCGAUCCACUCAGAGUAAUCUCAAUAAAGGAUCUCAGCAUACUGUUUAUUAUAGCGUAAGAAAUACUAUGCAUGAAGAUGCCUUGAGUGAGGGCGAAAAUAAUCAAAAUGAAAACAAAAAUUCAAAUCGCAUGACUAUGGACGAUGACUCCUGCACAGCGAGAGGUACUGAAGAAACAGUAAUUGAUGGAAGCUGUCAAAACCUUGAACAUGAAGAAACGUCAAAUUUGUACUUCCGAGACGGAAUUCGAUCUAUUGACUUUGUCAUUGUUUGGGACGAGCAUGACGAGGAGGCCUUGACAGCGCGAUGUACGGAGUUUCGAAAGACAUUUGAAGAAAACCUGGAGCUGGAGGGCUUGCAGCUGGAGUAUGAAUCACCAGAGCUCAGUGGCUUAAGAUUUAUUAAGAUCCACGCACCCUUGGAAGUCCUGAGACGCUAUGCAGAAAUUCUAAAACUGAGACUGCCAAUGAAAGAAGUAAUGACUGGGCCCUUGCUGUCAGCCAGACCGAGCAACACGAUAAUCCGUGAAGUCAAUGGCUGGAUAAAUAAUUUAAUGAAACAUUACUACGUAGACAGGAAGAUUUUUCCUAAGAUAAAGCAUCGCUUCACCGCGGUCUUCAGCCGUGACAAAGAAUAUCUCUUCGACUAUGACGCUCCGAAUUUUUUUUCACCAGCCACCCACUCAAGAAUCGUACAAUUUAUUCUAGACCGUACCAAGUUUACUAGGAACAAAGCAGAUGAUUUUGCAUUUGGGGUCGACAGACUGAUUUCUGAACAUGCUUACGUAGCGGCGUACCCUCUUCACGAUGGUAAUUUACACACACCAGACUCUAUGAGGUAUUUAUUGUACACCCACUGGGCGAGUAUGAGGAAAUGCUUUCACUAUCAGCCGCUCGACUACGUAAAGGAAUAUUUUGGAGUGAAAAUAGGACUAUACUUUGCCUGGCUCGGGUUUUACACGCACAUGCUGGUACCAGCAAGUAUAAUAGGACUAAUUUGUUUUAUUUACGGAUGUCUGACUCUCAGCACUAAUGAAACCAGCGAAGAUAUUUGUAACGGUAAUAAAUCAAUUUACAUGUGUCCUCUGUGUGACAAGAUUUGCGGUUACUGGGACCUGAGAGAAACCUGUCUUCAUGGAAGACUUACAUAUCUAUUUGAUAAUCCUUCAACUGUAUUUUUUGCCAUUUUUAUGUCCUUAUGGGCGACAUUGUUUCUCGAGUUAUGGAAAAAGUACUCUGCAGAAAUAACUCACCGGUGGGAUUUAACCGGCUUGGAUGCUCAAGAAGAACACCCCAGACCUCAAUAUCUAGCCAAGCUGGCACAUAUUAAAAAAAAGUCAAUCAAUUCUAUCACUCAUACUCCGGAGCCAAAAGUUCCUUUUUGGAGCAUGAGGCUGCCGGCGACGAUUUUGAGCUUUUCUGUAAUUUUACUCUUGAUUGCAGUAGCUAUGGCCGCAGUUAUUGGUGUAAUUUUAUAUCGGAUGUCCGUAUUAACAACCCUAAGUUUUUACGGACAAUCAUCCAUCACAAGUAAUGCUAUAUUAUUCACCACCGUUACUGCAGCUUGUCUGAAUUUAUGCUGCAUUUUUUUAUUCAACUGGGUCUACGUUUGGCUCGCUGAGUAUCUUACAGAGUUAGAACUUCUUCGCACGCAAACGGAGUUCGAUGACAGUUUAACGCUUAAAAUUUAUCUACUGCAGUUUGUUAAUUAUUACGCUUCGAUAUUUUACAUCGCAUUUUUUAAAGGUAAAUUUGUGGGACAUCCACGCACUUAUAAAAGGUUCUUUCGAUAUCGGCAAGAAGAAUGUGGGCCUGGAGGGUGUUUAACUGAACUUUGUAUUCAAUUAAGUAUUAUUAUGAUCGGUAAACAGUUCAUGAACUCGCUAUUGGAGAUGUUAUUUCCGUUGUACUAUAAAUGGAUGAAUACUUGGAAAGUUCAGAUCAAAGCUGGUAAUCAUAUUAAACAAAAGGAGAAAUUUAUCGUGAGAAAACAGUGGCCGUGGCUCAAAGAUUUCAAACUUGUUGAAUGGGGACCCAGAAGUUUGUUCCCUGAAUAUCUGGAAAUGGUUUUACAAUACGGGUUUAUAACAAUAUUUGUAGCAGCGUUUCCUCUUGCUCCGUUUUUUGCAUUGAUAAAUAAUAUUUUUGAAAUGAGAUUAGAUGCGAAGAAAUUGCUAACUAUGUACAGGAGGCCUGUAGGACAACGAGUUAGAGAUAUUGGCAUUUGGUUUAGAAUUUUAGAUUCAAUCUCGAAGCUUUCGGUCAUCACAAACGCUUUUAUUAUAGCAUUUACAUCGAAUUUUAUCCCUAAAUUAGUGUACCAAUUGUCAAUCUCCGAUAAUCGUUCUCUAGAUGAUUUUCUCGAGUACUCUUUAUCAAAAUUUAAUACUUCAGAUUUUUUGGAAGAACACAGACCACUAAUUAAUACAUAUCAAGAAAAUAUUGAAAUAUGCCGGUAUCCAGAUUUUCGCGAACCACCAACUUCUCCCAAUAAAUACGACUUGACAAAUACAUACUGGCACAUUCUUGCUGCAAGACUAGCAUUUGUAGUUGCGUUCGAGAACGCUGUUGCACUUGUUAUGAUUUUUGUACGCUGGUGCAUCCCAGAUAUAAGCCCCAAACUGGCAGAUAAAAUCCGCCGAGAAACAUACGUAACAAAUGAAAUAAUAAUUCAACAUGAAGCACAACGAGCUUGUUCCCGAUCUUUUGCUGUAGACGAACCCGAAGUUAUUAGAAGACGAGCUUAUACUUAUGAAAGUACAGAUCGAUGGAACCGCGUUAUGAGAGACUCUUUUACGAUGGCUGACUUCGAUCUGGAAGUUCACGGUGCUCCGUCUUCACCAGUUCGAACUGGACCGGCUGCUCUUUAA